AUGGGAUCUCUGAGCAGACAGGCCUUCUUCCAGGAACUGGUAUCCGGUUGCUUGCUUCCGACCGUCCAGCAGGGUCUAGAACAAGUAUGGCAGCUUUUACUCAUCUGCCUCGUCUGCAGGCUGUCAUGGAGAUUGGGUCUGCCCAAUUUCUUGAAACACCUGAGUACAGUGGUGGGCGGUUUUUACACACUUUACCUGUUCUUCGAGCUGCACAUGGUCUGGGUGGUUCUGCUCAGCCUUCUCUGCUACCUCAUCCUCUUCUUGUGUCGUCACUCAAGCAGUCGUGGACCCUUUCUGUCCAUCACAAUCCUCAUCUACCUCCUCCUGGGAGAGUUGCACAUGAUGGAUACAACAACCUGGCACAAAAUGAGAGGUUCUCAGAUGGUAGUAGCCAUGAAGGCAGUUUCUCUUGCCUUUGAUUUGGACAAAGGCAUAGUGGACAAAGUACCCUCUCCAGUGGAGUUCAUGGGCUACAUUUACUUUGUGGGGACAGUGAUCUUUGGGCCCUGGAUCAGUUUUAACAGCUACAUGGAUGCAGUAGAGAGCCGAAAACUUAGCAUCUCCUGGUUUAUGAAGUCCUUCAUCAGCUCUGUGAAGAGCCAGCUCUGCCUCCUCAUUUCCAACUGUGUUGCACCUUAUCUUUUUCCCUAUUUCAUCCCAGUUUUUGGAAACAAGCUACUCCGAAAGUGGCUGCAGGCGUACGAGAACAGCCUGUCCUUCCACUUCAGUAAUUACUUUGUGAGUUUCCUCGGUGAGACGACCACCACGCUGGCAGGUGCAGGAUUCACAGAGGAGAAGGACAAUCUGAAGUGGGACAUGACAAUUGCAAAGCCGCUAUAUGUUGAGUUUCCCAGGUCUAUGGUGGAAGUGGUCACGUCAUGGAACCUGCCCAUGUCCCGCUGGCUCAACACCUAUGUGUUUAGGAAGGCUCUCAGGUACGGGAGCUUCACUGCCAUUAUCAUGACAUACACAGCAAGCGCUUUGCUUCAUGGCUUGAGCUUCCACAUUGGAGCAGUAUUAUUGACACUAGGCUUCAUAACAUAUAUUGAACACGUGCUGAGGAAAAGAUUGUCAGCCAUUUUGAAUGCGUGUGUCCUCUCUAAGAGAUGCCCGUCUGACUGCAAACACAGACAUAAAAAGGAGUUGUGGGUGUAUUUAAUUAAUGGGACGUUUAGCAUGUUAGCACUGCUACAUUUGACAUACCUGGGAUCAGAUUUUCGUCCACAGGAUGGCGUUGCCAGCCACACCAUUCAGAAGUGGACUCAGCUCAGCUGGACCAGCCACUGGCUGACCUUCGCCCUUUGGGUCUUCUAUCGCCUUAUCCUAUAA